UUAUAUUUGGACGGACAUUGUCGAGUGAACCGCCGUCGCAACGAGACGCACGUACAAAAUAAAAAUACAAUUUUUACGCAGCUCAUAUACGUAAUCCACAUCAAACAUGUUUAACCUGGGAGGUGCCAUGAAAAAUAUCACCGCAAAAGCCGAAGAAUUGGUAGAGGAGAAAAAACACGCUGCAACUUCACUUCUGGAAAAACAAGUCAAAGAAACCGGUGAGUUCUUAGCUAAUACAAUCAGCGAAACAGAAGGAAAAGCUGCAAGUGCCGUAGACGAAGCAAAAAAAGCAGCUGUGGACGGUUUUGAUCAGGAAGUUGAGAAACUCGGUGAUAGUGUCUUAAAUGAGAAUUCUAAAAUUGCUAAUGGUGGUGGUUUAUUAGGUGGAAUUAAAAAUCCAUUUGGUCAUAUUGCUAGCCAUAUAGAGCAAACCGUUGAGGGAUCGGUCAGUAAAGUUCAAGGAAUAACCGGUGGAAUGGCCAAUACAGUACACGGAGUAGCCGGCGGAAUGGCCAGUACGGCGAAGGGAGUAGCCGGGGGAAUGGCUAGUACGGCGCAGGGUGUAGCCGGCGGAAUGGUCAAUACGGCGCAGGGUGUAGCUGGUGGAAUGGCCAAUACAGUACACGGAGUAGCCGGUGGAAUGGCCAGUUCGGCAAAAGGAGUAGUCGGGAUAAUGGCUAGUACCACGCAGGGUGUAGCCGGUGGAAUGGCCAGUUCGGCAAAAGGAGUAGUCGGGAUAAUGGCUAGUACCACGCAGGGUGUAGCCGGUGGAAUGGUCAAUACGGCACAGGGAGUAGCCGGGGGAAUGAUCAACACUACACGGGGAGUAGCUAGGGGAAUGAUCAGUGCAACACAAGAAGUGGCUGGUGGAAUGAUCAAUAAAGUACAGGGAGUAACUGGGGGAAUGAUCAAUAAAGUUCAGGGAUUAGCUGGAGGAAUAAUUGGUGGAGUGACCAACAUAAUUGGUGAAAGUUUGGCUGCUUCAAAGUUGAUGGCAAUUAUAAUGACCACUGCUGUACCUGUUGCGACAAAUGUUGUUAACAAGUCAAAGGUCAUCACGGGAAUUGUAUUUGAAAAAAUAAUGCCCAAGGUAGCAACGGCGGACGCACCAGCAGCGCCGGUAACCCCCGCGGCACCGGAACAGCAGACGACUGUGAACCAAGUGGCAUCCGAGGCCAAGACGCUGGUGGACAAAACGGCGUCCGAGCUGAAACCGGCCCUGGACCAGGUAGUGCACGACAAGAUCAACCCGAUCGCGCAGGACCUGGCCAAAAAGUUGCAGCCAAUCGCCGGUGACGUAUCGGCCCAGGUGAACACGGCGCUGGCCGAGGGCGUGAAACAGCUGAACCCGAUCGUCGACGACGUGUCGUCCAAGGCCAAGGGCUUCGUCGACGACGCCGCUAAACAGGUGAGCACCGCCGUUGACGAUAAGAUGAAGGAGGCGGAUCAACUCUUAUCCGAAAAACGUGAAGCUCUCGGAGAACCGGCCAAGAGCAUGUUGUCCAAGGCCAAGGGACUGUUCGGCUGUAAGUUAGGUUGCUGUACUAUCAUGUAGGAAAAAAAUUCACACAAACCCCGUUUACACCCACUGUUGAAAUACUGCCAUUCGAUGAAAAAUUGAGAAUCCACCACCAUAGAUGACAAAUAAAACGGGGUCUCUGUGUUAACAACAAUACAUUUUCUUUAAUAACAAUACUUUUACAUAUAUUAUACUCAUUAAAAGAAAUUCUAACUGUCUUGUUCUUUUAAUAUUUAUAAUUAAAAUGUGAAUAUUUUAAAUUCAACGGAAUAAAUAAACCCAAUUGUGAGUUUGUAA